CAUCGGAUUACAAUGUUAAUUUAUUUAAUUGAAAAUUAAAUUUACAAGUGAAAAUAAAAUGGAGUACAGUACUCACAUUGCGGACUCACCGAAACUCAAGUUUGGGGUGGACAGAAUUUUAUCCAAGGAUUUUUGUAACAAACCUUUGCCAAAAGUUACUAUUAAGUUGUUCGGUUAUUCGGGUCAUGAGUGUCCGUGCAUUGGUGGCUGUGGCAAGUGUAUGACAAUUUGUAAUUUUACGCGCUCAGAAACGUCACCGGUGAUUUGUACUCCCAAUUAUACUAGUGUAAUUGAAAAAUAUCAAAAUAUUUGCCGGCCGUCUCCUCUCAGGCCAAUUCCACGAGUGCCAAUUUCAUCUACAACGACGACAACUAACAGUGAAAGUGGUACACGUAGAAAAAGAUCGUGGUCGAGAGCUGUUUUCAGUGCGCUGCAACGAAAAGGUCUAGAGAAAAGAUUUUCCUUACAGAAAUAUAUUACUAAACCUGAUAGACGGCAAUUAGCGGCUACUUUAGGACUUACUGAUGCCCAAGUUAAAGUAUGGUUUCAAAAUCGAAGAAUGAAAUGGCGACAUACUAAAGAAAGUGAAAAUAUAAUACCAGGUGGAUCGGAUUUAGUACAAAAAAAUUUAUCGUCAAAAUUAAAAAAUCAGGAUUCAGAAAAUUUAUCUAAAAAUAGUCAGACUGAAAAAUCAGAAAUAAAUGAAGAAGAGGAAGAAAUUCAAGUUGAUAUAUGA